AUGUCUGUCGGCCGAAGAUGCGGCCUGGAACAUAGAUCACCUAUGCAUAUGAAUGCUGUAGAACCAGAUGUUUCUGCAAAAGUAGCGCAGGUUUACACCAGGCACUCUAGGCGGGGGGAUUUCUACUUUCACUCGGCAGCGGUGCGUUACGACAGGGCGACUCAAGACUGGUAUAUGGUACGAGGAAUCGUGGAAGACACAGAAAACAGCGUACCUACUGCGCAUAUGAACAUAACAGACAAAAUUAAGGUAAUGCAUUCAUCUUUUAAUACAAGGAACGUGGUGCGACAGCAUACGCUUACCGGUAAGGAAGGAGUCGAGGAUAGGAAGAGCAAUAGCUAUAUCGAGAGUUUUCCACAGGAAGUAAGCAAAUCAACAUAUCCGGUGUCUACUACGUUAGGAUGCAAGCGAGUGGACACGGCUCGCAUUGACCAUGCCUACGGUCUCCUACAAGGCGACGCUAAUAUAAACACGACGAACGUUAACAUGCCAAGAGGAUUUCUCGAGCACGUGAUGAACAAGCAGCUCACAGCUACCCACCACACUUUGCUUAACCCUGGACAUGCGCGGAUGGAGCCAUUGGUCUGGCGAGAUAGUGAGUUCAAUAACUCACUUACCAGCGAUUCCUUCAUCUCGGCCGUCGUGAAUGACAUCACUUUUAAGAAGCGAGCUACAAUCGAAAAUAGCAAGGGUCGAUUCCAACUUGUAAACAAAGCUAGGUUUAGGACACAUAAAGUUGUGGAGUUGCCCUAUGACGAAGAGACAGAAGCGGAUGUCAUACGGCGCUAUCAUAAAGACGAGGCGACGAAAGGCAUGCAGGAAGAUUGCGAAAUCUUAUGGCGAGCUGCCCUACGCCCACUAGAGUGUUUUGAGUUACAGGUUUAUAGUCGAUGCUUUAACGGUAGUGCUGUGCCGGGCUACCCCAUGGUACCCAUCAUGUGCCGAAAGGGAGGUCAAAUGCUGCACGAAAGUAACGGUAAGAACGUACAAAUCAGUCUGGCACUCAAUAACGCCAAGGCAACUACUGAGCGGCUUUUCCAUUCACUGGUAUGGCGAGAGGUCAAUGCCUUCCUGGACUUGUUGUGUUGGACAUUGAAAACGCACGAAAAGACGAAGGAGGAGGAACAGAGGCUGUUCCACCAAAAGAUAUUACCCAUUGUUUCCAAGCUGGUUGGAAGUCGAGCAACCUACUCGCAGGCUACUAAUUUUGCCCUCCCCAAUAUCUCAUGGAGUCGAGUUUUGGGUGAAUCCAUUACUAAGCUAGUGUCACAGAAGUAUAAGCGUAUUGAAACAAUCAAUAUGUUUAAGCGAGUUGAACCGAGAUACCCGGAUAUCAUCAUUCGGUAUGCCGACAAAAAUCACAAACCACGCAACCCGGCGCGUAAAAGAUCUUUUAGUGAGAUGGAGAGAGGCUCGCCUACUUCACUGCCACCCACGAUGGGGCAGGGGGUUGAUGUGACAGAAGACGAGACUGAUGAUAUCGGGGACUGUAAAGGAAUGUUGGUACAUAACGGAGGGCUCAUGCCACCGAUGCCCAGGAACGCGAGUCUGGUCAGAAUGUUAGAGCUAGGUUAUCAAUGUUUCCGGGAUCGAUUCGACUUGCCCUAUCCUAAGAACUAUGAGAUAUGA